UCCAGUAAAAGUAAAGUUAUUUCCCAUGUCGAUCUGCUUGCAAUUCAUAGAUGACGUAGUAUACAGCUCACGGUGCACCUACUGCAGCUGCAUAUAAUCGAAUGCCUGUGUACCUAUACGAUUUUGCGCUCUUUCAAAAACUAAUUUACAUCUUAUUAUUUUUUAAUUGCUUUACUCGUGCACUUAAAUCUAGCGCAUAUACGAUGUCAAAUUUCAAAUAUUCCGUCUAUGUAAUAUGCACAGCAGUAUUAGCUACAACUUUCCAGGUUUGCUCAGGUCAGUUUGCGCCGACAUUUUUCCAAAGUUCCUAUCAGUUUAACAAUGGAUUCUGCUAUCCGGGGCAAAAUGUCGCAACAAUAACAGCGAAUAAUAAUGGCUUAAGCAGUGUUACAUAUUCCGCUGAUCCCGGUAGUGGGUACUUCGUGACCGUUAACUCCAUCACCGGACAGAUCCAACUCUCUACUCUCACAUCGAGUUUCCUUCAGUUUACAUUCCGGGCUACCAAUCAAUACGGAUCUAACACGGUACCGGUAACCAUUUACUGCUCCAAUACCGGCACCGGCACCGGUGUCAAUAUCGUCACCGGCACCGCUAUCAAUAGCGGCAGUUUCGGUGGUCCAACCUUUCUGCAACCGUCUUACACCUUCACCGUGACCAGUUGCUCUACGGGAUUCUAUAACAACAACGCUAACGUGGGAACAGUAUAUGCCAAUGGUGCUCAGUAUUAUACGCUUUCGGGAGGAAAUAAUUUAUUUUCAAUUAGCCCAACCGGGUUGAUUACGCUGAACGGAAUUGCUACUCCUGGAUACUACACGCUAACAGUAACUGCGUACGGCACAAGCGGUAUUCCGUCGACGACUACCGUUUCGGUAUACCUGUCCUGCAGCGGAAACACUUAUCCGAACUAUCCAUACUACCCGACCUACCCAACAUAUCCCACAUACCCUACCUAUCCCACUUACCCCACAGCUAGUCCAGUGUUUCAGCAGUCUAGCUACACAUUCAAUUCGGCGCCCCUUGGCUCCGGUCAAUGUAUUAAUCAGGGCGCUGUCAUCGGGACAAUCUACGCCUCCAAUGCGUACUCGUAUGCGGUAACCGGCGGACCAACGGGACUGUUUUCCGUUUCCAACACCGGGCAGAUUUCUCUGAACACAGCGGCAACGGGAGGAUAUUAUUCAAUAACAGUUACCGCCUACGGACUAAGCGGUGGAUCAGCCAGUGUACCGGUUACAAUUAAUAUUUUAUGCAAUGUUAUACGACGAGCGCCUGUUUUUGGCAAAUGAAAGUAACACCAAAUUGCUGACGGUCAGUUAACCAGUCAUUACGGAUUGCGAUAUCAGAAACUGCUCAAAUAAAUGUUAGCCACAUUUUUCUGCGUUGGGGAAAAAGGUGCCUAAAUUCUUACAUAAACUGCAACAACAAUCUUCGUAGCAGUUAUUUGCGUAGCGUACAGAGUACAAUACUUGUAGUCAGUUGUAGACGAUCCAAUGAUCCU